CAAGGGUCUCUCCCUGUCCCCCCUGAUCCCCUCACUGUGAGUGGGCCCCCCCCCCAGCCACCCCUCAGGGAUGCUGAUCCUGUCCUGCCUCCACUUCUCCCCUCUCCCUCCCCCCAACAUCCUACCCAGUCACUUGGGAGUUCCUCCCAUCCCCUUAGGUGUCCAAGGUACCCCACCAGCACCUGGUAGGUGCCCUAAUUGUGAGGAGAUGCAAACUCCACAUCAGUAAGUUUUUUUUAAAUGCAUGCUGAUAUGACAGCUGUCACAAUACAGUCUAACAAAACUGUUUCAAAUGAAGGUAAAGACAUCUAAGUGCUACUAGAGCCAUCUUACAGAAAAACCCAAAUGAACUUUUUGGCCAACCCAAUAAAAGAGACCCAAGUCAAACUUCUAGCCAUAAAAACUACAAUAUCUGAAAUAAAAAAUACACUGGAUGUGAUUAACAUCAGAUUAGACAGUGAAGAAUGAAAAAUUACCAAACUUGGAGACCAGAAAUGGAAACUAUCACAAAUGAAAUACAAAGAAAAAAGUUUUGUUUUGGGGUUUUUUUAAGUGAACAGAGCAUCAGAGAGCUUUGGGACAAUUUCACGUUACCUAAUAUUCAUGUAUUUGGAUCCUGGAAAGAGAAGGACAGCAGAAAAAUAUUUGAGAAAUAGUGGCCAAAAACUUUUCAAAUUUCAGGAAAACUGUAAACCCACAGAUCCAAGAAGCUCAGUAAACUCAAAGCAUAAGAAACAUGAAGAAAACUACACUGAGACACAUAACCAAAUGCUCAAAACCAGUGAUAGAAAAAUCUUAAAAGCUACCAGGGAAGGAAGACACAAACAAAAAGUAAGAAAACUAAGGGUGACAGCAGAUGUUAUGUUGGAAAUAAUGUAGCUAAUAGUGGAGGAAUCUCUUUAGGGUACUGAAGAAAACCUCAACCUAGAAUUCCAUCGCCCCCCAAAAUACAAUCUUUCAAAAAGUAAGGCAAUCUAAAGGCAGUUUUAGUUAGACAUAAAAGCUGAAAGGAUGCAUCAGCAGUAGAACUGUGCUACAAGAAAUGUUAAAAGAAGCCAUUCAAGCAGAAGGAAAAUGACAACAGAUGGAAAUAUUUAUCUGUACAACAAAAUGAAGUGCACUGUAAGUGGUUACGAAGUAGGUAAAUAUAUAAGGUUUUAAAAAUUUAGCAGUGUGGUGUGGAGUUUAUAACAAAUGUAAAAAGAUGUUGGUGAAACAGUAAUACAAAGGAUUGGAGGACAGAAAUGGAAGUUAUAUACAAUUAUAAAAUUUUUAUGGAAUACAAGAAGUGAUAUGUUAUUUGAAUGUAUGCUGUGUGAUAUAUAUACUGUAAACCUUAAAGCAACCACUUAAAUAACAAAGCUAUACGUAGCAAGCCAACAAAGGAGAAAAGAGUGAUAUAAAAUGUUUUCAUUGCUAUAUAGUGUCCCACUGUAGGAAUAUAGCAGUAUAUUGUCCAGUGGGUGGACACUUCAGUAAUUUUAGUUGUUGCUAGUACACAUUUCUACUUUGAACAUAUUUUACAUGUCUAUUUAUGUGAAUUACAGGAGUUUCAUAUAGUUAUAUGAUUUAUAUGUAUAAUUAGAUACGGAAUUACUGAGUUGAAGCAGGGGUAAGGUCAAAUUGUUUUCCAAAAUGUUUUCAUCAAUUUACAUUUCAACAGCAGAAUAGGCAAUUUCCAUUACUCCACAUUCCCCAAAACAUUUGGUAUUAUCAGUCUUCUUAAUUUUAGUCAAUCGGGUAGGUAGGUAUAUAGUGGUGUCUCAUUAUUAUCAUAAUUUGCAUUCUCUCAUCCCUUUUAUUUUUCAUAUCUCUUCCUAUACCCCCCCUUUAUGAUCCUUCACUUAUCCUGUCAGUGACACCCAGGAGCCUUAGGUCACCUAAAAACAGUGACAUUCACACAUAAAAAGAUCUUAUUAAGAGAAUCUACUGUGAAUUAGCUGCAUGUGACCAUUGGGGUACCAGAAGAAAGCAAAACAUCUUUAUAGUAUUUAUGGUAAAGGUUUCACUCCGCAAGGAAUCAUACAGGUGUGAAAUGAGCAACUCUGAAGAUGAGGACCUCCCCCAGCUCUCUUCCCAUGCCCUUGCAGCUCUGCAGGAAUUUUAUGCUGAGCAGAAACAGUACGCCGACCUCGGUGGCGAUGACAAGUGUAACAUCGGAAUAAUAGAGGAGAACUGGCAGCUGAGCCAGUUUUGGUACACUCCGGAGACGGCCCUGCGCCUUGCAGAGGAAGCCGUGGCAUCUGCUGGGGAAGGUGGCAGAAUAGCAUGUGUGAGUGCCCCCAGUGUUUACCAGAAGCUGAGAGAGCUGCACAGAGAAGACUUUUCUAUCUGCAUCUUCGAAUAUGACCGCAGGUUUGCCAUGUACGGAGAGGAGUUCAUCUUCUAUGAUUACAAUAACCCAGUGGAUUUACCUGAGAAAAUUGCUGCACACAGUUUUGACAUUGUAAUAGCAGAUCCCCCCUAUCUCUCUGAGGAAUGUCUUAGAAAAAUGUCGGAAACCAUCAAGUACCUGACCCGGGGCAAGAUUCUGCUGUGCACAGGUGCCGUCAUGGAGGAAGAGGCAGCAAAACUUCUUGGAGUGAAGAUGUGCAAGUUUAUUCCAAAACACACUCGAACCUUGGGGAAUGAAUUUCGCUGUUACGUGAAUUAUGAUUCUGGGCUGGACCGUGAACUGUGAACGCAGCUGGUGAUACAAUGCAGUAAAGGACCCAUGGGACAUUUCGCUCUUUUCUUAGUAGAUUGAAAAGCUACGACCUCCCCUCCUCCCUCACAAACUGGGGGCUCUCCCUGGCCUACCUUUCAAGAUGAAGAAGACAACAUCUUGUUGUGAUUUCCUUAGUGAGGGCAUCCCUAGAGCUGGGGAUGCUUUCGCCAACUUGAAUCAGUGGAAUUAUAUUUGGAAGAAGUCAUAGAAGCCAUCUAGUCUGCUCUCCUUAAUGCAGGUAAAGAGCCAGGAGUACAGGCGGCUUAGUGACUGGCCAGGGCCUCUGCCUCGGGCGCAUCCCGCGUACGGGUGGCUGCGGACACCUGCGUGUGCUGACAGAGUCGUAGCUGAGGACGAGGGUUGUGUCCAGUUCACAGUUGCCUCCCAGGAGCUCAGUGCCCAGAAGAGGGCGCGUGCUCAGUAAAUAUUUGUUGAGUGUUCCGGUCAGAGAAAAAAUGCAAAUACAGGUGGCCUUUCUAGAUCUUGGAAGGGAAAGCCGAUUCUUCCAUUGGAAAUGUGUUACCUGUUAACAGCUAACGUUAUUAGUUAAAGUGAUGAUUAAUACAGUUUAUGGAAGAGCAGUAUUAUCCCCAUAGCAAAUCGUUUACUCUCCUUCAGUCCACUCCUCUGAUGUUUGUUUGCACUAUUUAUGUUUGAGGAGUGGCUAGAAAAUGUUACACAACAGUGGCAGUGCUUGAAGUAAUUACCCAAGGUUUGAAAGGCAAUUUUUCUUUUUAAUUCGUGGAUUUCUUUCUUGACGUUGAUCUGAACCUUCUGUUUUCUGGACAAGAAUGGAUGCUAGGGCUUCCCUAGUGGCGCAGUGGUUGCGCGUCCGCCUGCCGAUGCAGGGGACACGGGUUCGUGUCCCGGUCCGGGAAGAUCCCACGUGCCGCGGAGCGGUUGGGCCCGUGAGCCAUUGGCCGCUGGGCCUGCGCGUCCGGAGCCUGUGCUCCGCAACGGGAGAGGCCACAGCACUGAGAGGCCCGCGUACCGCAAAAAAAAAAAAAAAAAAAAAAAAAAAAAAGAAUGGAUGCUAGAUAUACCACCACUAGGCUUACCAUUUUUUUUCCCCCAGAGGUUGAGCACAGAAGUAAAAUUCCCCAGAUGGUACAGAACUACCCACAGCUAUCAAUUUCAAUUUUGAAUUUUUUAUUUGGAAACUAUGAAUUUUGCUCAGCAAUGUUUUUCAUGCACAACCUCUGUCAAUAUUUGGUACAAAUUGAAAGUUCUCUCGGUUGACCUUCUGUCCAGAUCAGACCAAGGCUGAUUGUAAGUAAGGACAAGAGCGUAUAAACAACGAUGUAGAGAGGCCGACUCUGCAGAUGAUCUUCUCGAACAUCAACCAUAAAAUUAAAAUAAAGUGAAGACCUUAAUUAACAGUAUCCUCUGAAAAUUAGUGGAGCCCAUCAAAGCAGAGUCCAGAGAGAAAUGCACAGCCAGCAUGCCCUUCACCUACAAUUGUUUUAAGGAUUUUAAAGCGAGUUAAGAACUUUACUUUUACAAAUAAUUGUGUUCAGGGACAGACUUAGCCUAAAGAAAAGGGUAAAGUUUAGCUUACGUUGCGGUUGUAGAAGAGGACUCCACUCCUGAUUUCUGGGAAUUGUAAGUCUGCGAGUGAAAAAAAUUUCUAGUUGUAUAAACCUGCAGCGAUUUAUACAAGUGUGAGAUUCUGGGGUGAGCUGAGCCUCCCAGAGGGCGGGCGGGUCCUAUGCGGCAUGUCCACCGGUCACCCUCAGCAACAGGCGGGCGAGAGGGAGAGGGUUCCGCCUGCGCGUCUGAAAACUCCUGCCGAGCAAGUGAAAACAAUGUUUAUAAAAUGUUUACAUGUCAAGUAAAAUGUCUGUAAUAUACUUGCUCAGAAUGGCUAAUAUAAAAAGUUUCUGCCCCUACUGAAAAUAGCUGAUUAAACAAGAAGGUAUAUAUUCUACUUUUUUAAAAAAAGGUGGUGUCUGUCUGUCCUCGACCUUGUGAGGCUCUGUCCCCUCCCAACGGUCCUUGCAGUGCUGUCAACCGUGGCUGCAAGGGGCCGGUGGCCAGGAGCCUCAAGGAGCUCUGGCGAAGCGGGUCACCGGUGGCGGCCCCAGCCUUGGGCCGCCCACACGGGGCUGCCACGUGGUUAGUUCCCGUCACCUUUCGCCGCCCUGCGCUCCUGCCCAAGAGGAAGCC